AUGUCCUCCGACGAGGGCAAGCCCGCCACCGCCGACGGCACCGAGGACGCGAACAAGGAGAAGCAUGUCUUCGCCGCCCCGGCGCCGAGGCCUCCCGGCGGUGGCUCGCUGCUGGGCCUGGACCGGCUCGCGCGGGAGAAGCGCGCGGCGAACCAGGCGAAGGAAUCCGCGGCGAGGAAGCGCACGUCCAUGAUGGAGGACGACGAGCUCGGCGGCGGCGGCGGGAACGACGACGACGACAAGCCGAUGGGUCAGCAGUCCACCACCGCGAGGGGCGGCACCCUCGGCAAUAAUCCGUCCAAGCGCCAGUUCCGCGGCCACCGCGUCGAGACCCCGAGCCACCCGGGCGGGCUGAACGAGGAGGCGCGCCGCGAGAUCGACGAGCGCAGGAAGGACAGAAACCGCGGGGUCACCGCCAGGAGCCAGGAUCGAGGCCGGGACAGGUCGAGGGACAGCGAUCGUCGAGGGGCCCGGGACGGCGAUCAUCGACGCCGGGGCUCGUCUCGAGACGGGGACGCGGGCGGAUCGUCCGCGCGGGGUCGACGCGACGACUCGCGGGAUCGCACGGGGCGGGGCGCGCGGGGUGGCGGGUCGUACGGCAACGCGGACUGGGGCCAGGGCUUCGGCGGCGGCGGCGGCGGCGGCGGCGGCGGCACCGCGAGGGGGGGCGCAUCCGACCGGACGCCGGGCAGGGAUCGCGCCGGGAUGGAGGCUAUCCUGGCGCGUCGCAAGAGAGGGGGAAACGGCGACGGGGGUGGUGACGACGGGGAGUGGGAGGAGACCCCGGCGGGGGCGGGGGCGACGGCGACGGCGUCCGCGUCGCCGUGGACCGAUCGCGCGACGGACCGGUUCACCAGCGGCGGCUCGUGGGAUUUCUCCGCGCCGCAACCCGCGUCGGCGAGGAACAGCGCCCCGACGCCGGGAUCGUCCAGGGCAUCUCACGGCGGUUCGUCUUCGCACAGGGCCACGUUCGAGAUCGAGGGCACCCCGCUCGGUACCCCGAGCUACGCCGCGAACGAGUGGAUGAACAAACCCGCGCAAAAGACGGCUGUUGAGACGUACGGCGAACACAUCGUUGACGACGACGACGGCGGCGGGUUUCGGCCCAUGCCCGCAGGGGGGGGUGCGUCCAACGCCGCCGAGAAGGACCUCGACCGCGCGUGGUACGACGACGACGAGGGAGGUGGCGGGCACGGCGACGCGUUCAACCCUUUCAUCGGCGCGGACGACGAUCAAAAGGUUAAGCAGAAGGAGGAGGCGUAUCAGAAGCGGCUCACGCGGCGCGACGGGCGGCCGAUGACUUUGGCGCAGUCGAAGAAGAUGGCCGGCAUCCACGCCGAUCACAACGCGUGGGAGGAGAACAGGAUGCUCAACUCCGGCGUGGUUGUUCGAAAGGAGGUGGACCUGGACUUUGAGACGGAGGAGGAGAACCGGGUGAUGCUGCUGGUGCACGACAUGAAGCCCCCGUUCCUAGAGGGUAAGGCUUGGCUGAGCACCAAGAAGGCGGAGAUGGUCCUGCCGGUCAAGGACGCCACCAGCGACAUGGCCAUGAUCGCGCGCAAGGGAUCCAACCUCAUGAAGGAGGUGCGGACCAAGAGGGAUGAGAACAAGAGCAGGGACAGGUUCUGGGAGAUGAAGGGGUCCAAGAUGGGCAACGUGACGGGCACGACCAAGAAGGAGGAUGACGAAGCAGCCGCCGCCGCCGAGGCGCAGCGCAAGCAGGCGGGCGACCACUACGGCGAGCGCGACGCGGACGACGAGCCGCUCAACGAGGACGGCGAGCUCGACUUCAGGAAGGGUGCCAAGUUUGGCGACCACAUGAAGGAUAAGACGGUGGCUCGAUCGGAGUUUGCCAAGGAGAAGACCAUGAAGGAGCAGAGGGAGUUUCUGCCCGUGUACGGCUGCCGCGAGGACCUCAUGCACGUCAUCCGAGAGAACAACAUCGUGGUCGUGGUGGGCGAGACUGGCUCCGGAAAGACCACGCAGAUGACCCAGUACAUGCACGAGGAGGGAUACUCCACGUUCGGCAUGAUCGGUUGCACGCAGCCUAGGCGCGUGGCGGCGAUGUCCGUCGCGAAGCGCGUGUCUGAGGAGAUGGGGUGCGAGCUCGGCUCCAAGGUUGGCUAUGCCAUUCGUUUUGAGGACUGCACGGGACCGGACACCAUCAUCAAGUACAUGACCGACGGUGUGCUGCUGAGGGAGACGCUGAGGGAGAGCGACCUGGACACGUACAGCUGCAUCAUCAUGGACGAAGCUCACGAGCGCUCGCUGCACACGGACGUGCUCUUUGGCAUCCUCAAGAAGGUUGUCGCGCGCCGCCGCGAUUUCCGGCUCAUCGUCACCUCUGCCACCCUCAACUCUGAAAAGUUCUCCAACUUUUUCGGGUCGGUGCCCAUAUUCAACAUCCCGGGCAGGACCUUCCCGGUGGAGACACUGUACAGCAAGACCCCGGUGGAGGACUACGUGGAGGGCGCGGUGAAACAGGCGCUCGCCAUCCACAUCGCGUACCCCCCCGGUGAUAUCCUCAUCUUCAUGACCGGCCAGGAGGAAAUUGAGACUGUGGCGUAUGCGCUCGAGGAGAGGCUGGAGCAGCUGACCAAGGUUGGAACGUGCCCUCCCCUCUCCGUCUUACCCAUCUACUCGCAGUUGCCGUCGGAUCUGCAGGCGAAGAUCUUCCAGGAGGCUCCGGGAGGUAUUCGGAAGUGCGUGGUGUCCACCAACAUUGCCGAAACUUCGCUCACGCUGGACGGCGUCAUGUACGUCGUGGACACGGGCUAUUGCAAGCUGAGCGUCUAUAACCCCAGGAUGGGCAUGAACGCGCUGCAGAUUUUCCCUUGCUCCCAGGCUGCGGUUAACCAGCGCAAGGGUCGCGCGGGUCGUACCGGACCGGGCACGUGCUACAGGUUGUACACGGAGAUGGCGUUCAAGCACGAGAUGCUCGCCAUGACGGUGCCAGAGAUUCAGCGCACUAACCUCGGGAACGUGGUGCUGCUUCUCAAGUCCCUCAACGUGGAGAACCUCCUGGACUUUGACUUUAUGGACCCACCCCCGCAGGAUAACAUCCUGAACAGCAUGUACCAGCUGUGGAUCCUGGGCGCGCUGGAUAACACCGGCGGCUUGACGCGGAUGGGUGCCAAGAUGGUGGAGUUUCCCGUGGACCCGCCGCUGGCGCAGAUGCUGCUCAAGGCUGAGGAGCUCAAGUGUUCGAACGAGAUCCUCACCGUCAUCGCGAUGUUGUCCGUGCCCCCCAUCUGGUUUAGGCCCAAGGACAGGGAGGAGGAAUCUGACGCAGCGAGAGAGAAGUUCUUCGUGCCAGAGAGCGACCACCUCACCCUGCUCAACGUCUACCAGCAGUGGAAGAAUAACGGGUACCGCACCGACUGGUGCAACCGCCACUACAUUCAGGGCAAGGGACUCAAGAAGGGCCGCGAGGUGCGCGCGCAGCUACUCGAUAUCAUGAAAACGCAGAAGAUCCAACUCAUCAGCGCGGGAGGCGACUGGGACCUCUGCCGUCGUGCGCUCUGUUCCGCCUAUUUCCAUCAGGCGGCGAGGCUGAAGGGUGUCGGCGAGUACGUCAACUGCCGCAACGGCAUGCCCUGUCACCUGCACCCGUCGUCGUCGCUGUACGGCCUCGGGUACACCCCCGACUACGUCAUAUACCACGAGCUGGUGAUGACCAGCAAGGAGUACAUGCAGUGCGUCUCGGCGGUUGAGCCGCACUGGCUGGCGGAGGCGGGUCCGAUGUUUUUCAGCAUAAAGGAGUCCCACUCGUCCCUCGCGCAGAGCAAGGCGAGGCAGAGGGAGGAGAAGGAGAAGAUGAAGAAGGAGAUGGAAGAUAAACAGGCGCAGAAAGACGAGGCGGCGAGGUUGCAGCGGGAGAAGGAGGCUCAGAGGGCGGCGACGCAGAGGGCACAGAUUGUCACGCCGGGUCGACGAAGCGUUCCGGCUACGCCCGUCGUGCCCUCCGGAUCGGCGGCUGCGUCGGGAGACGACGGAGACGGAAAGCCAAAGUUCUCCAGGCCCCCAACCUCGGAGCAGCGCCGCCGCGAGCCCGCCCGUACUCCUCGCCGCGUAGGAUUAUAGCUUUUGAAGAGAACACGUUUACUCCUCACACUAAAA